UGUUUGCUAAUACAGUCCUAGAAGAAAACAUCCGUUUGUGUAACAUCAAUUUUUCCCCUUACAUUAGUGGGGUUGACUCAGACAGGGGUCUAAAAUCCUAACUUUAGUGCUUGUCGAUGCGGACAUGUUUUGUAAAUUAAGCGUCAGUUUAGCUGCAGGCUUCGUCAAGUUUCCAACUUGUGUGACAUCAAGGACUUUAAGAACAGUGGGACCAUCAUGUCUCUGCAGACACCAGCAGCAUCAGAGUCUUAGCAGCGAGUCUGCAGGUGUCAGGGUGUUGUAUGAUGGACUCUGUCCCAUUUGUGUGACAGAGAUCCGCUUCCUCCACUUUCUGAAUAGAAACCAGGCUGGGAAAGUGGAUUUUAUCGACAUCGCCAAGCCGGGUUAUGAUGCAGCAAAAUACAAGGAUGUCACCUAUGAGAUGGCUAUGGAGGAAAUGCAUGUGAUCGAUGAGAAAGACGAGGUUCACCGUGGGGUUCCAGCAUUCGCAGUCAUGUACGGCGCGGUGGGCCUGAACUGGCUGGCUCGCCUCAUGAUGUGGUCACCCGUGAGGCCGCUCAUGGACAAAUCAUAUGCAGUCUUUGCCAGGAAUCGGCUCAAAUGGACAGGACGUGGGGAUGAAUGCACUACUGGUCGCUGUGAAAAGAAAACCAACUGACUGGCAACCACAGAAAAUAAAGCAUUUGUAAUGGCGGUCUAAAUACUACAGUCAAUUAAAAAGCAACACUGUAUGAUUUUUUUUUUUUCUAGUAUCAACAUUUUUUGGUCAGUCAUUAAAAGAAAUGUAAUUAUAUUAUGCAUACAACAUUUUCUUCAUGUACAGCAAUUCUCCUUUCAGAUGUUUCAAAUAAAUACUUUCAGUUGAUA